CCGCCACCGGGUCAGGUCAAAAUGGCGACGCGCUCCGUGUGAAAGAGGUCGAAGGAGCUGCCGGCCUCGGAGCUGAGAACAUGUAUAAGACGCCAUGUAGUCGACUCACAGGUUUGUUUGGAGUAAGCGUACAACAAAAACUGGUCGGCCAUCAUGGAGCGCGAUGCAACCAGACCGCUCGCAGCCUCCUCCAGCUGCACAGAAGAGAGCCGUCACCCUGGCUGACCUAUCAGCAUCUCAUCUUCCUGAAACGUAUGUGGCCAAGAACAUCGGAGAGCUCCACCAGCGCGCCGCCCCCAAGCAGGCCCCCGCGCGCUCCGUGGUGGACGAGGCCGACGACGCUGUCGUAAGGCAGGUUCCGAGAGUUCCCGUCAUCCAGUCGCCGGUUGCAGAGGAAACGUCCGUCUCGGUCGCGCCGGAAACGUCCGGUGCGGCGACCAAAACCUCGCAGGAGACGCCCCACCUCCACGUGGAGACGGACGAGGCGCGGGAAGCUCGUCUGGACCGACAGUGGAAGCAGCUGAAGGUCGACAUGGCCGACUUGCCGGACGUCUACGCCCGGCUCACCAAAAUAAAACUCACAGCACUCGUGGUUAUGACUACGGCUGCUGGUUACGCAAUGGCCCCGGUGCCCUUUGACCCCGUCAUCUUCUCGGUGUCGUGCCUGGGAACGGGUCUGGCCUCCUGUGCAGCCAACUCCAUCAACCAGUUUUUUGAGGUGCCUUUCGACUCCAACAUGAACCGAACCAAGAACCGCCCGCUGGUCCGAGGGCAGAUCAGCCCCCUCCACGCCGUGACCUUCGCCCUGGCGUGCGGCGUCUCCGGAGUGGCCCUGCUGACGUGGGCGGUGAACCCCCUGACGGGCUUCCUGGGCGCCCUCACCAUCGCCCUGUACACGUGCUGCUACACGCCGCUCAAGAGGCUCACCAUCGUCAACACGUGGGUGGGCGCCGUGGUGGGCGCCAUCCCGCCCAUCAUGGGCUGGACGGCCGCCACGGGCUGCCUGGACGCAGGUGCGCUGGUGCUGGGGGGCUUCCUGUACAGCUGGCAGUUCCCCCACUUCAACGCCCUCAGUUGGAACCUGAGGGCGGACUACUCGCGCGGCGGCUACCGCAUGAUGUCGGUGACGCACCCCGCCAUGUGUCGCCGCGUGGCCCUGCGUCACAGCGUGGCGCUGGUGGGCCUCUCCGCGCUGGCGCCGGCGCUGGGCGUGACCACGUGGACCUUCCCCGCCGCCGUGCUGCCCAUCAACGCUUACAUCAGCUUCCUGGCCUUCCGCUUCUACCGGCGGGGCGACCGCGCCAGCGCCCGCAAGCUGUUCUUCUGCAGCCUGUGGCACCUGCCCAUGCUGCUGCUGCUGGCGCUCACCUGCAAGAAGCCUCGCCAGGAGCGUCAGCGCCACGACAACGCCGACGCCGACGCCCCGCGCAGCUGACGCGGCGCUCCCAAAGAGGGGACGGACACUUCCUUUUCACACAGGUGCUCUUUUCCGUAAAAGACCGAUUGUAACGAUGUGUGCACUGUAAAUAUCAUGUAUUUAUUUAUGUCAAUAUGUGACCAUGGCUCAAAUAGACAAGUACACUUGGCUAAGUACACUGUGUAUUCUUACUCAUUAUUACCAUUAGAAGUUCAUUCAUAAUUUGCCAAUUUAUGAAAGUAAAAAUGAUAAGAAUCAAUUGUUAAAAAUAUGUUUUUAUUGUCCUUCUAGUUGCAUAGAUGACCUGAAAAUGUCUUAGUAAAAGAGUAUUUUUUUACUAAAAAAAAUAUUUAAAAAAUAAUGUAUUUUUUUAUUUAAUCGAUUUUCAUAAAUUGGAAAUUAAUUUAGAAUAGGAAUCAUUCAUAUCCGUAGCGCAAUUUAAUUUUUUUCGAUUCUAAAUUGAUUAAUAAUUUGCAAAAAUAGAUAAAUAACAAUUGUUUCAUUUUUUUUAAAAAAAAAUUUAAAUGAAAAUAAAUUGUUAAAAAUGUGUUUU